UUGUACAUGACAGUUCCAAUUUGAUUUCGAUCAUGCCGGUAUGAGCGCACCAUGAACGGAAACGAUGCAAAACCGUGGGACCGUCCGUGGUCAAUGGACGAGAUCAUAGAACAAUCGGACAAGUGGAAUCUGGCCGGCGACGCGGCACUACUAGCCACUGUGUCAAACUUCGCUAACAACCUGCUGACGAGAACGUCGAACCUGAACAACAACAUUGAAGGGCUGUUGAACAGUCUGAACGAGACCGCCGUUAAGUUGGACCUGGCCCAAAAUGAGUUCUCCAGCCUCAGGAAUUGUCAGUUCAUCGAAAGUCGCGUCUACGAGGACGACGAAACGCUGGAAACGGAACAGCCCCAGGAACAGAAUGAGAGUGUGUCUGAGGACAGGGACAAAAAGAUAACUGAAAUCAUAUCCACCGGUUUGGAAAUAAUGGAUAAAUACUAUGAUAAAGUCACUGUACCAGUGAGUGAUUCAGAGGAUGAUGAAGAAACAAAUUACGUCCUAAAACCCAAAGAUCUUUACGUGAAUAGGCCACUACCAUACAUUAUAGGCACCGAUGAGUGGCACAAAGAAUCUCACAUUGGACUAGAGGACUCAGAAGUUGAAAGUGAAUCAGAGAAAAGUUUGGAGGAGUAUAGCUCUGACUCUGAGUCUGACGUUUCAUUAACAUCCCAAUUUUCCAAAAGAAACAACAUUAAGGCCUCAGAAAGCAGCUCAGAGUUGGACAUUUCAGCAGGCAAAUCCAGCUCCGGCAAACCUGUGGCGAAUUCCACCUUCAACGAUUCCAGUGAACCAGUUUACACUGAAAACGACUCCUCCAACGCACCUCCUGAACCGUCAGUUUCCACAAGUUUUGCCGAACAAUUGAGUGCAAAACUGGGCAAAGUUGUGCAGGACAUUCCGGAACCUGAAGUGAACACCAGGCCGAUGCAAAAGCCGGCGAAGAGUGGCUUCGGGUUGUUUUCUGAUGAGCCGCCGCCUUUGGACGAUUUCGAGGACACAGUUCUUCCUAAUUCGGCCCAAACUGGAUUGUUUUCCGGUGGCAAAGGUCUGUUUGACGACGACGAUGACGAGCCUGAUCUGUUUGCUGUUAAUAAUAAGCCGGAGGAGAAUAAACCUGUGAAACAGGCGACGAACCUCUUCGACAGCGACUCGGACGACGAGGACAUGUGGUCCGGCACCAAAGAGCUGAAAAAGCAACCGUUCUUGCAGCCAUUCAAGCCGUCCGUUCCAUUGCUGGAGGAUGAACCACCUGAAAUCCAGAAACCGGCUGAAAUCAAGAAGCCGGUAGGUGGCGUGUCGUUAUUCGGGGACAUUUCUAAUCUCAAUAAACUGCUGAAGAAACGGCGGGACAGUUCUAGUGACAGCUCCGAAGCAGAGCCACCUAAGGUUGAAGAACAGAAGAGUAAAGCUAGUCUAUUCGAUGAUAAUAGUCCGGGGGCUGAGGCACAGAAAGUCAAAACAAGUUUGUUUGAUGAUGAUAGUCCUGUUAAGCCACAACAAGGGGCUGGGGCACAGAAAGUCAAAACUAGUUUGUUUGAUGAUGAUAGUCCUGUUAAACCACAACAAGGGGCUGAGCCUCAGAAAGUCAAAACUAGUUUGUUUGAUGAUGAUAGUCCUGUUAAACCACAACAGGCGGCUGAGACUCAGAAAGUCAAAACUAGUUUGUUUGAUGAUGAUAGUCCUGUUAAACCACAACAGAGGGCUGAGGUACAAAAAAUCAAAACUAGCCUGUUCGAUGAUGAUUUAUUCGAAGACGACUUAUUUGCCUCCGUACCCAAGAAAAAAUUCACGUCCAGCCUCUUCGAUGAUGACGACGAUGACUCAAUAUUCGACGACAAACCUAAGGUGACCUCAAAACCGGUUGCCCAACAACAAGAAGUCGCCAAGGAGGACAAUAUUAAAGAAAGAACUGUAAUAGGGGCAGAAAAACCCAAGAAAACCGUUAGCUUAUUCGACGACAACCCCCCCAGUGACGACGACGAUCUAUUCAAACUCCCCAAGAAGUCCCUAUUCGGCGACGAAGACGAGGAACCAUUCAAAAACCCCGAGGUUACCAUCAAGGAUCCGUCAGAGCAAUCGGAGAAGUCUAGAGUUAGCUUGUUUGACUCCACACCGCCUCCAGACGACGAAUGGGACAACACGGAUAACAUCUUCAACGAGAGGGAAGACUACAACUACAACGAGGGACAGGACAGCACAGUACAACGGUCGGACUUAUCCAACGUGGGGCCACCGUCGCUCAUCGUAACCGACAGCGGAAUCGGCGUUGGGUCCAACACAAUUCGGAGCUACACGGACGGCGAGAACUCGUUCGUCCCCGACGCCUCGUCCAGCCGCCGCCUCUCGUCCGAGAUAUUCAGCGACGAGGACAGCGUGUUCAUAACGCACCAGCCGCCGUCCCUGGAACGCAUACCCGAAUCGCCGCCGCCGGACCUGGACACCGUCUCGUACAUGGAGAUUACCCCCAGCGGCAAUCUGGAGGAGUUGGAGCGGGGCGCUGAUAGCGAUAAGCACAGCGACGACGUAGACGGCGAAAUAGAACGCGUGCCGCCGGCGGUGAACGACGACAUGAACGUCGCCGCUCUCAAGGAGAAGCUGUUGGCGCAAAGCGCCGACAACAACGUGGUGAUGAGGCCCAAGAAACCCGGUUUACAGCCACCGGGGAGGCUGAGGCACAGUUUGAACAUAAACGUGGGAGCUCUCCUUCCUGGCACCGGGCCACCGAAGGUUAGGCCAGUGUCUGCCGUUUUUGAGCACAAGAACGAUGAGGUUGAAAAGGUUCCUUCGAGUGAAAUCAAAGUGAAUAAAGAGGAGGAAAGUUCAAGUGGAAUUUUGCACAGCAUAACAAAGGACAGGGCAAAGAUCCAGGUGAAAAGGAGGCCGUCCACAAAACGAGGAAGAGAAAUUUUGAGGAACUCCGUGGUGGAUUUCAACGAGGAGUAUCCAAUUGAAGAAGACCCGGAGAAGAAGGAUGAUAAACCACACGCAACCGAUAUUAUUAGUGCUCCACCCCAGGAUAUUCCUAAGCCAAUUGCUGAUGAUGUGAAAAAGUCUGAAGUAAAAGCCGACACAUUUGAUGAUGGCAAGUUUAAUGUCGUCGAUAAAUCGACUUCCAGUCAAGAAGUUAAGGAGGUUUUACAAACGGAUAAUAUUGUAAAUCCACCAGCUACACUGGAAAAAGAAGUUGAUGACAUAUUUAGUGAUAUUGCGCCUUCCAAGUCACUUUUUGAUGCACCUAAAGGUCUUUUUGAAGACGUCACACACAGCGUUUUUGAUGAUGUGACGGAUAAACCACAGUCGGAUGCUAUCAAACCAAUUUCGCACACUGAUGAUUUCACAAAACCGCCAAUUACGACAGAUAAGGAAAUUGAGGAUAUAUUUAGCGAAGCCGUACCUUCUAAGCCCCUGUUUGAUCCACCCAAAGGCCUUUUCGAGGACGUAAAGCAGAACGUUGAAGCCAAAAGUGACAAUUCUAACAAGAAAACACAGCCAGAAAAGAAGAUAAAAAGUACGACAGAUAAGGAAAUUGAAGAUAUAUUUAGCGAAGCCGUACCUUCUAAGCCCCUGUUUGAUCCACCCAAAGGUCUUUUCGAGGACGUAAAGCAGAACGUUGAAGCCAAAAGUGACAAUUCUAACAAGAAAACACAGCCAGAAAAGAAGACGAAAAGUAGUAUAUUCGAUAGCGAAGACGAAGACGACGACCUGUUCACGUCAAAGUCGAAAGUCGUUAAGGAACCGCCGAAAACCACGAAGAAAAGUCUCUUCGACAGCGAAGACGAAGACGACGAUUUAUUUGCGCCUUCAGUAAAACCACUAAAAGUUCCCCUCAAGAAGAAUUUAUUUGGGGACGACGAAGAUGAAGAUCUCUUCGGCUCCUCGAGUAGCAGUUCCAAGACAGGUUUACCCAAAAAGGAAACGAUUAAGAAGCCCACGAAUUUGUCCGUAAAGAAAUUAGAGAAUAAAGAGACUGAUGAUGAUCCAUUGUCCGAAUUUUGGAAGUAGUUUUUUUUAUAUAUAUUAGGUGUCAAGCCAAAGUAUUGAGCAGUGCAAUUCUGUUAAUGUUUGUCAAAAGCAUGUUGUAGUUAUGAGUAAUUCCAUUAAUAUAUUAUUAUUUUAUAA